UCCCCAAAAACAGCCUGUGCUGGGAGGAGGAGGUGAAAGAAGAAAGGUUGAGUAGCAAAACACACACACUCUUCUCUUCACUACUCUAGUACACAUAUCACACUGCUGAUGAUUGCUUGGAUUGGUUCUCAUUUGAUUUUUUUCUCUCCAGCAUUGCUGCUCCAGAUGAAGAAGAUGAGGAAAUUCACGGCUCUUUUCCAAAUCUUUGCUGCAAUUCAGCUGCUCCUGGCAAUUGGAGUGGCUGGAGCCAAGCAGGUUCACAUUGUCUACAUGGGAGAAACAGGGGGCAUUCAUCCAGACGCGCUCGUUUCCACACACCAUGACAUGCUAGCCUCUGCAAUGGGAAGUGUUGACAUUGCCAAGGAAACCAUCCUCUACAGCUACAGGCAUGGAUUCAACGGCUUUGCUGCAACACUGUCCAAGCGCCAAGCCGAGCAAAUCUCGAGUAAACUCCCUCCUCCUCGGUUGCAAAUCUCAACUUUUGUGACGAAACCAAUGCUCUCUCUUUGCUGCGCAGACAUGCCCAGAGUCAUCUCUGUCUUCCCGAGCUCGAGGAGGCGGCUGCACACGACGCGGUCCUGGGAGUUCCUGGGCCUCACGGGAGACUCGGCCGACGCUGUCACUGGGUCGCCCGCUAGCUCCGGAGAGAAUAUAUGGCAGCGCGCGAAAUUUGGCAGGGACAUCAUCAUUGGCCUCCUCGACACCGGAAUCUGGCCGGAGUCUCAGAGCUUCGAUGACGAUCUCUUGUCCGAAAUCCCGAGCAAGUGGAAGGGAGUAUGCGAACAUGGCGAUCACUUCAACGCUUCCAGCUGCAAUAAAAAGUUGAUCGGAGCUCGCUUUUACCUCAAAGGAUACGAGAAAUUCUACGGCAAGCUCAACCUCACUGCCACUGAAGAGUUCCGGUCGGCUCGCGACAAAGAUGGUCACGGGACUCACACCGCUUCCACCGCCGGAGGCAGCUUUGUCCCGGGAGCCAACGUCUUUGGAUUCGCAAACGGGACUGCCAAAGGUGGCGCGCCUCUCGCCAGAAUCGCCAUGUACAAAGUCUGCUGGCCGAUUCCAUCCGGGAGCCUGAGCGGUCAGGACAGUUGCUUCGACGAGGACAUGCUGGCAGCUCUCGACCAAGGUAUCAAGGACGGCGUCGAUGUCUUCUCCAUCUCAAUCGGCUCCGGAAAUCCCCAGCCGGCUUACUUGGAGGACUCCAUCGCCAUCGGAGCUUUCCACGCCAUCAAGCGCAACAUCCUCGUCUCAUGUUCCGCUGGAAACAGCGGGCCUACUAGCGCCACUGUUGCCAACGUCUCCCCCUGGAUACUCACUGUCGCGGCCAGCAGUUUGGACAGGGAUUUCCCGUCCAACGUCGUACUCGGGGACGGAACAACGCUGCAGGGGAAGAGUAUUGCUCCGAAGUCACUGUCGGAAUCGAACUGGUACGAGCUCAUCGAUGGCGGAAGAGCUGGCAACUCCAGCGUACCUGUCGUGAAUGCCAGCCAGUGCCUUCCGGAUACUUUGGACGCAUCCAAGGUUGCCGGCAGGGUGGUGAUCUGCUUGAGAGGACUCGGGACCCGCGUCGGGAAGAGUCAAGAGGCCAUUCGAGCCGGCGCCGCGGGAUUUAUCCUCGGAAACUCUGCUGCUCAGGCUAAUGAAGUCUCGGUCGACGCAUACAUGCUGCCGGGGACUGCCAUCAACGCGGACAAUGCCAACGCUGUCCUUACCUACAUAAACUCCACGAACUUCCCCCUGGUGAAGAUUGUCCCGGCAAGGACAGUGCUCGACUUCAAGCCGGCCCCUUCCAUGGCAGCGUUUUCGUCCCAAGGACCGAACUCUCUUAAUCCCGACAUCUUGAAACCGGACAUAUCAGCGCCAGGACUGAACAUUCUAGCAGCCUGGACCGAAGCAAACUCUCCCACCAAAUUGCCCAUCGACAACCGGAUAGUCAAGUACAACAUCAUCUCGGGAACUUCCAUGUCAUGCCCCCACGUCGCAGGAACCGCAGCUCUUCUGAGAGCGAUCUAUCCUUCCUGGAGCCCCGCGGCUAUCAAAUCCGCCCUCAUGACCACCGCUUCGAUUGUCAACAACUUGCAGCAGCCAAUCUUGAACGGCUCCGGUGCCACUGCCAAUCCUUUCAACUUUGGCGGUGGCGAGAUGAAUCCGGAAGCAGCGGCGGAUCCUGGCCUCGUCUACGACACAUCUCCACGGGACUAUCUCCUGUUCCUGUGCAGCGUCGGAUACAACAGCUCCACCAUCCAAAACGUAACGGACACGGCCAACUUUACGUGCCCGAACACUCUCUCGUCCAUCUCUGACAUGAACUAUCCGUCGGUAGCAGUAGCCAACCUCACCGCAGCCAAGACCAUCCAAAGAACUGUCACGAACGUCGGGUCCCAAGACACGGCCGUCUACAUAGCUUCCUUCCAGGCCCCGGACGGCAUCGACAUCGUGAUCACUCCCAACAAGCUUACGUUCCAGUCGCUAGGCGAGAAGAAGAGCUUCAACAUCACUCUGACCCCGACGAAGAGGUCCAAAGGCGACUACGUGUUUGGAACGUACCAAUGGAGCGACGGGAUGCACGUAGUGAGAAGCCCAAUCGCUGUUCGAACAACUUCAUGACCACCACGGUUCUUACGAUGUAAUUCCAUCCUGGAAAGAGCUCAAAAUCAGAAACACAGGAUGAAAAGGAAAAACAAGACCAACCUUGCCGCGUAGUAACUCCAUCCAAGAGAGAAUCAAACGUUGUUUUGAGCGAAGAACAUCGCAAAGAAACUAACACAGAUGGACGAGAAAGAUACAAAACUUGAUGGAGAAAAACAAGUACUAUACAAAGCUUUCCAAGUUA